AUGGAGGAUUACACUAUUUACCGUCCAAUUGGUAGUGGCGCACAGGGUUCUGUGCUUAGUGUUAUUCACGUCCGAACUGGGCGGAAAUUCGCUAUGAAAGUAAUUCGAUGCCACGACAUUUCGUCUGUUAACGCAGCGCUAAAGGAAAUCAAGGUACUGCUACAACUACGCUACCCACACAUCGUGUCGUACAAGGAUUUUUUUCUUGUGUCUGACGCAAAUGAAGUUCGCCGCUUGCUGUUCGAAUUCCCUACCAAAAAGACGACUAUUUCAACCGACUCACAGGGAUAUAGUGAGGACAUGCCUGUCGAUGCAGUUGGGGUAGUUACGAAUAACAGCUGCGGAGACGGCAAGGAUGCGGUGGAAAUUGGUCCAAAUGAGAUAUGCGUUUGUCUCGUUAUGGAAUUAUGCACUUACGGGGAUUUGGGAGUGGUUAUAAGUAAAUCGAAGAGAAGCUUUGUCGCAACUGGAUUUCACCCCAUUUCGGAAAGACGUGUGGUUUUGUGGAUGAAGCAGUGUGUUCUGGCACUUAAAUUCAUUCACAGGAAAGGGUUUCUGCAUAGAGAUUUGAAACCCACAAAUAUUUUCCUAGACGAGGGUAGAAAUGUGAAGAUUGGUGACUUUGGCUUGGCCGUGGCGGUUGGGAUGUCGCAAGAGAAAGUUGUAGGCACACCGCUCUACAUCGCUCCGGAACAUAUGCUCCAGGAGGAGUACGAUGGAAAGGUAGACGUUUGGGGAUUAGGUGUGGUGAUGUUAGAGCUUACCACCUUGCAGGAGCAGCCCAUAAACAGUCGUGUGAUUGAAAAUCCUUCAAUUGUGGAAAAGGUUGUGAAGCAAGUAACGGACAUGGGUUUCUCCGGACAUCUGGGAGAACUUCUGCGUGAUAUGUUAUAUCGAUCGCCUGAUGAUCGGCCCUCUCUCGAAGACAUUUCGUGUCGUUUGGACGCCAUGUUAAGUGCGGUGGUGCAAUCCAAUGGUAUCACGACACCGAGCGCCCCUAGAUGUGCAACACCCUCGAGUCUCGCAGCGUUGUUGAGCAAUGGAUGUGACACAGAGCACAUGGCAAGUCCCACAAACUUUAACGGCGUGCAGUCGUGCAAAAAAGAUUCUGAAAAGGCAAGUCGAAGCCGGCGGAGCUGCAGCAGCCUCGAGCGUACACCUUACAGUGUCACGUGUAGCGGUCGAAGUACUCGUACUCACUGGCUCAGAGAUGAGAGCGGCUCGGCGAUGCGACUGGUGAAGUGGCGGGCAUCGAGCGCAAGCAGCACUUCAUCACGUUUUCUGACUCCGAGACGCAUAUCUUGUGGUGAUAGGAGCGGUCUCAGCCCAAGUCCUCACAUUGUAACACCUUUGUUUGACUUUUUCGCUCGCGGUGCGGGCCGGAACAUAAAAGAUACAACAAUUCGUGUCCCCAGGGACUACCCAACGCUACAAACCGCGCUGCAGGCUGUUAAAGGACUAUCUCAUGUACGUAAUAUUGUGGUCAAAGAAGCAGCUGUGUUCACGGAUCCACUUGUGUUGGGAGCUGAUUUACCAGACAGCUUGAGCAUUAUCGGUGAAGAUCCCCUACCCAUUGUUGAAGUAAGUGAUGGGCCCUUCGCUAUACACUGCAUAGCUGGUAGGGGCACUAUAGAAAAUUUCGUCAUUCGUCACAUCGCUCGACAGACAAAGAAGGAAUACGCAGUGGAGCCUGCUGAGGCAAAUGAUAAAGAGGAUUCCCAUUUUGGAGCCAUAUCUCUCGUUGGGGGUGAGUGGAAAAUAUCCCGCUGCCGGAUUUCAAGCUCAAAUGGGAGUGGCAUCACAGUAAACAGUGACGUAGAUGCCAUUGUUUCCCACUGCCAUAUAUGUGAUACCAAAACCGCAGGUGUUGUUGUUCUCGAAGGGGCCCAUGGUCUCUUUGAAAAGAAUACGGUGAAGAACUGCAAACUGGCCGGAUUCUUGCUUAAAAAGGAUAGCACUGCAUGUGUCAAAAGAAACGAUGUGGUGGAUGGCGGAGUUACGGGAAUUUUUUUACAUAACGCACAUGGUACGGUAGAAGAGAACCACAUAGCAAACAAUGGCAGUUUCGGUGUGGUGGCGAAGGGUCCCUGUGCAAAUGCUGUCCUCAAACGGAAUCACAUCACAGCCAACCAAAAGGCAGGUGUCUUUUGUUGUGCCGAAGCUGCCCCUAUUAUUGUCGAAAAUGAAAUUCGGAGGAACAACCGAGCCGGGAUUCUCAUUAAAGAGCGGGCCUCGCCAAAUGUGUCAAGAAAUAUUAUUCGGCAAGGAAGAGAAGCAGGUAUUUAUGUGUUUCAGGAAGGUGCCGGUGUCAUUGAAGAGAAUGAAGUGCUGAAUAAUUACAGUGCGGGUAUUAUUGUUACCUCUAACAGUCGCCCACAUGUGAUGCGAAAUAAAAUUCAUGGGAAUCGCUACGAGGGCGUUUGGGUGUGCAAAGGCGGUGGUGGCACUUACCUGCAAAAUGACUUGCGUGGAAACAAAAAAGGUGCGAAGGACAUCGAGGAGAGUUGCUCCGUUCACUGGAUUGAAAACCGUGAGGUAUGA